AUGGAAGACAAUUUUCUCCACCCUGGCUACACACGCAUCCCACAGAGUUACCAGGAGUUCUACAGUACAGAUCAGAAGUUCAUGCAGCAGCAGUACCCUACCACUCCAACGUACAGUACAUAUCCAAAUGUUCUGCCGCAACACUACAGACAGAGCCUCCCUUAUCCACAGAUAACAGAUAGAGAAAACACCUCACUUCCCACCAUCACUUUCCAAGGAGACCAGUCAAACACUACAUUCCAGCCACCGAACAAUGAAACAGCCAUACACCCCUUAUGUUUCCAGUUCUUUAACCACAGGCAGAGCAAUCCCAUUUUCACCCAGCUCAAGGACAUCCUUGCAGAGGAUUGGCUUCAAGCAAACCUUCCUUCCACCCUGAUCAAGACUGUGACAAAGGACUGCAAUGACAAUGCAUACAGUGUCUCUUGUCAGAAAACUUUCAAGGUCCACAAAAGCCACCCAGCAACACAAUCGAACUACACAGCCUGCUCUCAGAUUCUGCCUAAUUCUGUGUCUUUAUUCUACAAUUCCCAGAGUGCUUCAACCUCCAAAUGUGUAUCUGCAGCAAAUCAUGUAUCCACAGGAUUAUGUUACCAACCUCUUCAACAAUAUGGACCAUCCGUAGUAGCAUUCUCUGGGUCCACUUCACCUCGAACAUCUGCCUCAUCCAGUAAAUCUCACAACAAACACGUUCUGUAUCUCACCACCACACCUGACUUGAAUGUCAGCAGCGCCUCACUACAGGAACAGAAAUGA